CACGCAUUGACUGUUAAACGCUGCUGUGUUCUCACCUACUCACUCUCAACCCCCCUCUGUUCCACUCGCACGCUCUUAACAAUUAAAACAGACCACAUCUAUUUCCUCCUUUUCAAGCAAAUGUGGACAGGUGGAGGUUUGAUAGACCGGCCCGAAUUCCACAAAACCUGUGCAGAAAAGAGCCAGAAUUUUAUUUGUUAGAACAUGUGACCUAAACGGCCCAAUGGUGCUUGGAUGCUUUUUUUUUCAGUUGUGGGGAACAGUUAAACUUGUUGCCUGACUGAGGGAGAAGCUUUCUGUGGGCCGCCACAACCACAAACCAAGUCUGCGACCGGUCACGGCUCUCUAGGCACCAGAAAACAGCGAGAUAAAGAUAGACGAGAGGGACUCGAGAGCGAGAGGGGGAGGGAGAAAACGUGUUGAUGUCAGCGUGUGAAUCAGCCAAAUCGCCGAAAAAAACCACAGUGCUGCGUUUGCGCUCCGGCUCUUUUGCACAAGGGUAAGCAUCAGUCAACCACAGGCUGACCGCCGAUCGCAAUCUGCCGUGUCUGUGAACCAUGCACAGAAUCCAAGGACAGAACCGCCUCGCUGGACCGGCGCAGGGCGACCAUGGGUUUCAGGGGCCAAGCCGGGAGCCCUUCAAAAUUCGGGAGCAAAUCAAGUUGGAAGAGUUGGAUUCGGACGAAGAAGAGGAGAAGCAGCCAACGUCGCUCACCAUGGCCUCCAACAGCAUCUUCGAAAACUUCCAGUCGUACCAGUCAUGCUUCUCCAGGGAACCUGCGCCUGGGCGACGCUUCACGCCUCCCUCGACCACCCUGAGCUCGGGGAAGAUGAAUGAGGGGUUGCCCCUGGGGGCUCAGGAGAGCAACGGCGCCGCCCUGAUGGGCAAACUGCGCAUGGCUGACCGGAACAUGGUGGAGGUGCUUUCCGACCACCCAGGAGAGCUGGUGCGCACCGACAGCCCCAACUUCCUCUGCUCCGUCCUGCCAACACACUGGCGCUGCAACAAGACGCUGCCCAUCGCCUUCAAGGUGGUUGCCCUCGGUGACAUCCCUGAUGGCACUCUGGUCACAGUGAUGGCCGGUAAUGAUGAGAAUUACUCUGCCGAACUCCGCAAUGCCACAGCUGCCAUCAAGAAUCAAGUGGCUCGUUUUAAUGACCUGCGAUUCGUUGGCCGCAGCGGACGAGGCAAGAGUUUCACUCUCACCAUCACCGUCUUCACAAACCCUCCUCAGGUGGCCACGUAUCAGAGAGCCAUAAAGAUCACUGUGGACGGACCCCGAGAACCACGACGCCACCGACAGAAGCCGGAUGAAGCAGUAAAGCCAGGCGCGUUAGCUUUCUCUGAACAAUUGCGACGAAGUGCCAUGCGGUGCAGUCCACACCAUGGCCCCGCCCCCAACCCCCGCCCCGCCCUCAACACGCCCCCCUUCAGCAGCUCCGCCCACAGCCAGAUUUCCGACUCUAGGCAGAUGCAGACGUCUCCGUCCUGGUCGUAUGAGCAGUCGUACCCUUACCUGGGUCCCAUCUCCACCCCAGCGGUUCACCCCAGCACACCCAUCUCUCCCAGCCGCAGCACUAUACACUGUCCAGAUCUGACGGCGUUCACUGACCCUCGCAUGAGUCUGGAGCGUUCCUUCCCGUCGCUGCCCUCGCUCCCAGACGGCCGUUUCUCAGACCCGCGGGUGCCGUACCCCACCGGAGCGUUCACAUACACACCCACACCCGUCACCAGCGCCAUCGGUAUCGGCAUGUCGGCCAUGAGCAGCCCGGCAGGCCGCUAUCACACGUACUUACCCCCGGCGUACCCUGCGGGCUCCUCGCAGGCUCAGGCCGGCCACUUCCAGCCCGGCUCGUCCCCGUAUCACCUGUACUACAGCAGCGCCGCUGGAUCCUACCAGUUCUCCAUGAUGCCGGCCGGAGGAGGAGGAGGAGAGCGCUCGCCCCCCCGCAUCUUACCGCCCUGCACCAACGCCUCCACAGGCUCUGCCCUCCUGCACCCCUCGCUGCCCAAUCAGAGCGAGGUCCUAGUGGAGGCCGAGGGAAGCCACAGCAGUUCGCCAACCAGCCUCUCGGUGGAAGCCGUCUGGAGGCCAUAUUGAUGCUCGCUUGACCAAGGAGGCAGGGCCGGAUUUACACUUGCUCGUCCAGGGAGACCCAAACACAACGAAGAGAUAUAUCAUAUUUUUGUUAUACGAUGAGCUAUCUACAACAGUAAAAGAACCAGAACCCAGAAGACGAAUGUGACUCAGUCCACAAAAACCAGUCAUAAUUUUGAAAUAGAGAUUUAUGCAUCAUUUAAAAGCUGAAUAAAUAAUGAUUUUUGGCAUAAACAGGAAAAUCUAUGAUUUUGACCCAUACAAUGUAUUUUUGGCUAUUGCUGCAAAUAUACCUGUGCUACUUAUGAAUGCUAUUGUGCACAUACAGUAUGUGACCCUGGAGUACAAAUCCAGUCUCUGGGGUGUAUCUGUAGCAAUAGCCAAAAAUACAUUGUAUGGGUCAAAAUUAUAGAUUUUCCUUUUAUGCCAAAAAUCAUUAGGAUAUUAAGUAAAGAUCAUGUCCAGUGAAGAUAUUUUGUAAAUAUCCUACUGUUAAUAUAUCAAAACUUAAUUUUUGAUUAGUAAUAUGCAUUGGUAAAAUUAAUUUGAACAACUUUAAAGAUG